GUAGCAACCAGGGCCCGGUGGCGCCCAUCUUCACACCCGCGGUCUGGCGCUCCACCACACAGAUCGCCUGCGACAAACCCGUGUUUCCGCUAGCGGGGGCACGGCUGCAGCUCGAGAUUUCGCCCAACUGCAAGCAGUUCGUGACGGCGAUAGCCGCCGGCGAGCCAAAUUACGACAAGCUAUUGCCCC